AUGGAAUCCAUUGAGAUCUCUUUGGGAACUGUGAUUGUGUUACAGUUCAGCGUCGGACUCUCGGUCAAUAUCUUCCUCCUCCUCUUUUAUGCCCGGGUGGUCUCCGCCAGCCAAAAGCCCAGCUCCUCCGACCUGAUCCUCGCCCACCUGACCUUGGCCAACACCAUCAUCCUCUUCACCAAUGGAAUCCCCGAGGCCUUGUCGGCUUGGGGGCUGAGAGAUUUCCUGGACGACGUCGGCUGUAAAAUCCUCAUGUACUUCGGGCGAGUGGUCCAGGGACUUAUCGUCUGCACCACCUGCCUCCUGAGCGUCUUCCAGGCCCUCACCCUCAGCCCCGGCACCUCCCGCUGGGCGGGAGUCAAAGCCAAAUUCCCCAAGUGCAUCUUCCCCUCUUUCGUCAUCUUCUGGAUCCUCAAUCUGCUGAUAGAUAUCAACACCUUGGUAUACAUGAGAGGUCCCCAGAAGAACAACAGCGCUGGAAUUGUCCUGGAUCUGAAAUAUUGCUCAAAAGUCAUUGCCAGUGCAGAAAUCACCCUGAUCAUUGCCGUCAUGCUCUCCUUCAGAGAAAUAUUCUUCGUGGGGCUCAUGAGCGUGGCCAGCGGCUAUAUGGUGUUCGUCCUGCACAGACACCACGGGCAAGUCCAGCACCUCCACGGGCCCGGACGUUCCCCCAGGGAGACGCCCGAGGUCCGAGCGGCCAAGAGAGUCGUCGCCAUGGCCACCCUCUAUGUCCUCCUCUACGCCAGACAGACCAUCAUGCUGACCGUCAUUCUAAACCUCAAAGAGAAGUCUCCGCGGCUGGUGAAUGGCCACAUGGUCUUUUCGAUCACCUUCUCUACUAUCAGUCCGUUCCUGAUGAUCCAAAGCGACAGGAGGAUGAGGUUCUGGAAAAGGGAAUCUACUGACUCUGACGCCGAUCCCUCACAGGCUUCCAGGGAAGCCUCCCUCACCCUCCAGCGAGGUCCCACUGGGAUGGGGUGA